AUACUAUAUACAUAUAUACAGAUACAAAUGUGCAGCUAUAGAUACAGCAUGCAUGCGAAUUGAUGUUGAACAUGUGCCAAAGCUUUGCGCUGCUGUUAGCUGCCGCGAGGGCAACAACAACAACAACAACGACGACGCCGUUGCCACUUGAUUUUGGCCAAGUUAAAUAAACAGGGCAGCAGACAGACGCACACACACACACACAUACGCACAUCGAGCAAUUUCUCGCACACACGCCUAUAAACCAUAAAUAAGGCUAAAAGUGAGCGCUAGAGAGAGAGAGAGAUAGUUGUCAACAAACUGUUUGUUUUUCGUUGCCCCGUCGUGUUGGCUUGAAGCAUUUGUCCAACCAAAAUGGCAGCGCCCAUCGAUGAGAGCGUACUCAAUGCGCUGCGAGGCGUCACCACCGCCCAGACACGCCUACCCAAGCCGCUGCUUAUCAAAAUCUACGUCGCCAGCCUGAAGCAGGAAUUCUAUCAGGAGCGACGCAUGCUGCUCGAACUGGUCGGACCCGAACUGCAAACGCUCUACGACGAUCGUCAAAUCGAGCUGGAAAUCGUGGACAUGCACUUUGGCACCGGCGCCCUGGAGGUGACACAGCUGGAUCGUGAUCCGUAUAUGCUGGCCGACUAUCUGCACGAGAUCGACACUUGCCAUGCCCACUCGAAAAGCGUUUUCUUCUUGGCCCUGAUUGGCGACGGCAUUGGACGCCCGCCGCUGCCCACGCACAUCGACGCUGACAUCUAUGCAGCGCUCCUCGCCGUGGAGCAGGUGACAGCGCAGGACAAAGAGCUGCUAGCGCGCUGGUAUACAGUUGCCAGUAAACCCAAGCAGCCGCAGCUGCAGCAGCAACAACAGCACGUGCUCAAACGGGACUAUUGCUCGUUGACCGCAGAUGAGUGGCUGGCCGAAUCUCGACAGCUGCGACAAGUGCUGGACAGAUCUCUGCAGCAUCUGGCGGCAACAACAAAGGCAGAUCUGCUGCGGCGUGUGCAGCUGCUGCGACGCACACAAAUCGAACAGGAAGUGCAGCAGGCAAUGGUCCACUCAAGCGAAAAGAUAUUGGCCGUGUUCCGGGAACGUGCUGCCCAGUGCAGCGGCCGGGAUGUGGAGGCGGGCGAGCGUUUGCGUAAAAUCAAGGAUGAGCUGACCAUGAACCUAUCAACGGAUAAUCACACGACUCUAGUUGUGCCCGGUAACGCCAGCAGCGAGGCUAUCGAUCCGGACAACGAGGACCACGAGGCAUAUUUAAGUAAAUUCAAGAACAAAGUCACCGACAAGCUGCGUCUGCUAAUCGAGGCGCACAUUACAAAUGAUCCCGAUGUAAUCAAGGGGAGGAAAAAGACUGUGCAGGAAAUCUUUCACGAGCAUGCCACACACUUGCGCAUACUGCGCGAGCAUACGGAACGUGUGGCCCUCCUGGAGUCGCGUGUGCCGGCCCAGUUGCGGCAGAAUUUGAUGGCGAAUUUCAGGAAUGGCAGCCGACAUGCACCGUACUUCAUAUGCGGCGCCCAUGGCAGCGGCAAGAGUGCUCUGAUUAGCGCCCUCUAUGGGCAGGUGUCGGGCUGGUUUAGUUCGACGCGCGUGCAUCGGGUGAUACGAUUCGCCAAGGCCACGCCCCGUUCGGCAUACAAUUUGGAGCUGUUGCGCGUCAUCUGCCAGCAGAUUUCGAUUAUCUUCAACAUACCCGAGGGCUACUUACCCAAGGACGCCUCGUUCGAUCCUCUGUACAUUAGCAACUGGUUUCAGAAUCUGUUGCGUCGCAUCGAGGACAUGAACAAUGAUGUGCUGUUCCUGUUCAUCGAUGAUCUGCAUUUGCUGAAUCCGCUGGACUGUGACAUUGUUGCGGCUCUCUCCUGGUUGCCCACAUCGCUGCCCUGGAACGUGCAGAUCAUCUGCAGCUCGACCACGUCCGUCGAACAGCUCAAGUUUACGCCCAUGCAGCGCGAUCGCUUCAAGUCGGCGGAAUAUCAAUUCGUGCUCUCCCACGAGGCAAAUGCCACGCAGCUGAAGAGGCCAGAGGAAUGUCCACCGGACGUGGACUUUGUCACCUAUGUGGAGCAGCAGUUCGACGAGCUGGAGCAGCAGUACGGCCGGCAGGCGGUGGCCAGCCUGGCUGCCUACAUCACCUGCUCGGAGUACGGCCUGACCGAGACGGAGCUGCUGGAGCUGCUGAUGCCCACCGAUGAUCCCGAAUCGCUAAUCGAUACGCACAAUGGACACUUUAGCUUCGCCAGCUUCAAGAAGAUACACAAGCAAAUGGAUCAGCGAUUGUUGCUGCACGAUAAAAUCAUGUCUGGCAAAGUGCUUCUACAGUGGCGUCACAACUAUUGUGCCAGCAUCGCCAAGCAGCGUUACAUGGACGCGGAGCGCACACGCAGCCUGCACAUGGAGCUGGCCAAUUUGUUUUUCCCACAGGACGAGGACGAGAGCACGCUGGAGAACGACUCGACCAGAAGCGAUACAAAGUCUGUCAUCAGCUUGCGGGAGCGUGAGCCGCAGCACAAGGACAAGGAACGUGAAAAGGAUAACGUUUCGGCUGGCCGUAAAUCAUCGUCAACGCAUCACAACGACGACACAUCCACCUUUUACAAUCCCAUUGCUGCCGAUGUCUCGUACAGCAUGCGGCACGUCGAGGAGAGCUGGCAUCAUCUGAUGCGGUCCGAUGACACGACGCGCUUCAAGCAAAUCGCAGUCUGCAAUUUUGAUUUCCUGCUCGCGGCGGUGCAAACGGUAUCGAUUAGCUACUUGCGCUGCCUAAUCGAGCACGUGCGCUGCUACAUACUGGAUCGUGACAUCGAGCUCAUCUACUACACCAUACGCAAGUCGAGCGACGUGCUCACCCGCGAUCCCAUGCAGCUGGGCUCCCAGCUGGUCUCCUGGCUGCGGCCCAUCGGGGAGCACGACGACGACGACAACUCGCUGCUGAGUAUGACGGUGCGCUCGGCGACGGCCUGGUGCGAUGGGUACGCCGUGCCGCUGCUGGUGCCGCUCACCGGCUGGCUGCCCGCGCCGCUGCCCUCCCAGAUACGCACGAUGACGGUGACCGGCACGGGCGUCAUACGCGCCGUUUGCCUGGCGCCCUCGCGCCAACACCUGAUAUUGGCCACCAACUCGGGCGACGUCCAGCAGUGGCACAUCAUGAGCAACUCGCUGGAGCAUACGUACAAGGGACACACGGCGGCAGUCACGUGCCUGCUGGUGGCGCCCCAGCAAUCGCAACUCCUGCUGACCGGCUCCGAGGACUCGACCGUAUUGGUGUGGCACGUGUCGCUGCGCGAAAGACGAGCGCACAUUAAAGCCCACACAGCGGCCAUAACGGGCGUCGCAGCUGGCGUCAAUAACACGCUGAUCAUUAGCAGCAGCGACGAUGCAACAAUUGCCAUCACAGACCUCGCCAGCGGCAAAUUGGUGCAUCGCAUCACCUUCCAUCGUGGCCCAGUUACGGGCAUCCUGGUCGCCGGCGCCUGCGAUGUGCUCAUCUCGAGCAGCCACGACAAGAACAUCUGCGUGUGGGAUCUGGAGAACUACGCCUUAUUGAAUACCAUGCAAAUGACCAGCUCGGUGCUGCGCAUCGACAUCUCCUGCAAUUCGGUAUUUUUGCUGGCGCUCUGCGAGGAUAAUGCGCUCUACGUGCGCACCCUGGCCACUGGGAAGGAGCUACACACGCUCAAGGGGCACAAAUCGCGGGUCCGCAGCAUCUGCAUUGGCAAGGACAGCCAGCGGUGCGUGGUGGGGUGCGAGGACACGCGCGCCCUCAUCUAUGACAUGCACUCGGGCAAAUUGGUGCGCUCGAUGCCGCCGAAUCCGGGCCCGGUCACCGCCGUCUAUGCCAUGGACAACGACGACUUCGUGAUCACCGUGGGCGGCAACAAGAUCACGUUCUAUUCGUUCCGCAACGAGGAGCUCUAUGUGAACCCGUACUCGAGGCAUCCGCGUCGCAAGCGCAGCCUCAAGCGCCACAACCAGGCGCAGCGCUCGCCCUCGACGACGCUGCCGCCCAUCACUUGCUUCGACUUGUCGCGCGACUCACAGCAGGUGGCCAUCGCCUCCGGCCGGAGUGUGCACCUGAUGCGCAUCAAUACGCCGGAGUACCAGAACACCCUGGAGGGGCACACCUGCGUGGUGAACUGCCUGAAGUUUGCGCCCAAUGGCGAAUUCCUGGCCACCGGCGGCGAUGAUCGUUUGGUCCAAGUGUGGAGCUUGGCGCUGGCCGAGAUCAGUCACACGUUCAAGGGCCAUGCGGCGCCCGUCAUGCAGCUGGUCGUGCUGAUGGAUUCGCUGCGGGUCAUCUCCACGGACCGCGAGUCCACGAUGCUCGUCUGGAUGGCCGACUCGGGCAAUCUGCUGCAGACCAUACAGGGCCCCUACAAGAAUCUGGCGGCCACCAACAACAUGCGGUUCGCUGUCUCCAGCAAUGGCGACAACACGCUCAAGAUCUGGUCCCUCACGCAGGAGGACGAGAAGUACUCCGUCUCGCACUCGGACGAGAUCACCUGCUUCGAGAUCAGCGCGGACAGUAUGCACAUUAUCACCGGAUCGAGGGAUAUGUCGCUCAAGGUCUGGCAGUCGAUGGGCGGCAAGCUGAGCCAGGUGCUCGUCGGGCACAGCGAUGCGGUCACCUGCGUUGCCGUCUCGGUGACCAACAAGACGCAAGUCAUCUCUGGCUCCAAGGACAUGAACCUAAUCAUAUGGGAUCUGCUCACCGGCGAGGAGGUGCACACGCUCGCUGGCCAUUUGGGCGCUGUCAUUGGCGUCAAGGUGUCUGCCGAUGGCUCCACGGCCGUGUCGGGCAGCGAUGACAAGACUCUAAUUGUCUGGGAGACGAAGCGCGGCCUGGCGCUCACCUCGCUGCAGAUGCACGUGCCCUUCACCCACUUCGACAUCAGCCUGGAGGUGUCGCGCGUGCUCGUCCAGCUGGUCGAUAGCUACAAUUUGCCAGUCAUCUGCUUGCACAAUACGCCGGCCCAAUAUGUCAAGCUGCCCACCUACUCCGGUCCCAGCAAGGAUGUGGAAGAUUUGCGUCCGCAGGGACCCAAGCGGCAGAUGAAGCGCUUGCUGAAGAAGGAAGUCUCGCUGGACACGUACACCUGGCAGAAGAAGUACGGCCACCUGACCUCGUCGGUGAUGAUGGCCCAGGUGGACGAGCGGCUGAAGCGGCGCUUCAGCGUCUCCGCCAGCAUGGAGGAGAUCUCGAAGAUAGCCGAGACCAAGACGGGCGCCUCCCAGGCCAAUCUGGGGCCCGAGCAGGCCGCCUUGGCCCAGUCGCAGCACUUCGAUCAGCUGGAGGCGCUGUGGAACAAGCGCUCGCCGCCACGCAGACGCCACAAUACGGGUCUGUCGCGGCAGACGUCGCUGGUGGAGGACCGCUUAGAGUCCUCCGACGAUGAUGAAUAUCAGGAUGAGCGCGCAGGUAUGUUGUCAGCCUCCUACGACCACAUCCACAUGCUCGCCCGCUUGCCCGGCAUCCGCACCCUGCACGAUGCAUGGAAGACCAGUAGCUUGCGUGUCUCUCGCACUCGAACCAAAUUCUAUGUCAGCACGCCACCCCACAACACCAGCAACAACAACACCAGCAACAACAGUAACAGCCAUGACCUUGACAGACCUGACAAUGUCAACAGGAGCGCCAGCUGCGAGGCGCUGCCAGCAGCUGGCAGCCAGGAUGCGCCCGAUUUGGUGCGCGAUCUGCUGCACGCCGAGCGUCCGGUCUCGCUGCGUCAGUUCUUCAAUUGGCCCAGCCUGAGGACGCACCUGUGGCGCAAUCGUAGGCAGCGCCAGUGCCAGUCGCUGCAGCCGCACUUUCGCCUCAAUGUGCCGCAGCGAUUGCGUGCCACGCCCAUUAUUGUGGUGGAGAACUACGAUGGGCGGCAAGUGCAGCGAGCGCGCACCGAUCUGGUGCUGCAUCCGCAGACCACGCAGGGCACACUCGGCACCAUCCUGGCACCAUCCAUGGAGCCAGCCAGCCAGCCAGCCGUCGGCCAGUCGGCCAAGAAGCUGCGCCGCUCCGGCAGCUCCUGCGGCUUCUGGAGCAAGCGCUGGCCGCUGUUUCGCAGCAAAUCGGAGCGAAAAACACGCGUGGCGCCCACCGAACCCAACACUGCCGACUGCAAUGACUGUGUGACACAAUGAACCACCAACAGCACCACCAACAAGUCCACAAACCUUUUGCACGAACUGCUACUACCACACCGUUGAUCAUUCAACACCGCACAACUUACACAACUCUCGCUUCGGUAGUUCUUAGCUAACUUUU